AUCUGCCUGGAAUCGCAAGAACACCUUGAAAAUUUCAACGUUGCACGUUCCAUUGUUUAUUGAAUCGGGGCUGUCCCCGGCCGAUUAUAAAGUGAGAUUCGAAUGGUUAAUCGCGAGCAGUCAUGAAUCUCGAGCGGUCGGCUCCAAUUGGCCUCAGUAUUUCGUGCCUUCUCUUCAAUUCUCAUUUCUAAUUUCUUCACCCGAUUUUCAUUAGCGAACUACUACGCGAGCGAUUCAAACGAAUUGCCGGAGAAUGAGGCAAACGGAAAGCGAAAUUCCAAAUGAAGCCAAUGAGGAAUCGGGGUCGGAGAGUCGUUCAAUCUGGAAAAGUCUUCUCACCCUCGUCGAGCUGACGAAUCACGCUCUAAUAUUUCUCGUCACUGGAUACGUUCUGUACCUUGCCGGCAAACAACUCUCGGUGACUAACGCCCAUGCGGGCCUGCUGACCGUAGGGUACGUGCUGCUGAUGUCCGAGGCGAUUGCUGCCCUGUCCGGAGAGAGUAUUUUGACGAGGAAUUUCUCCCGUCGCAUCAUCAGUCAUGUUCACUGGGUACUGCAGUGCUUGGGCGGGGCAUUCAGCAUCGCCGGCUUCGUCAUCAUGUACCAGGUCAAGGAGAUACACUUCAAGUCGAUUCACGCGAUACUUGGGAUAUCCUCCCUCGUUAUUAUGCUCGUUCUUACUAUUUUCGGUGUACCCGUUAUGUACGCCACGAGUCUACGUAAGGUAAUGCGACCUGUGACUACCAAAAUGUGUCACAAUUUCCUCGGCAUAUCUUGUUUCGUGCUUGGCAUGGCGUCCCAGUGCUAUGCAUAUCAAAAAAAGUGGAUGACGUCCGUUGGUGGGAACAAUAUUUCGACCCUCGCCACCGUCUUCACGGCUCUUAUCAUUAUUUUCUCUCUCCUCGGCCCCCUUCGUUCGCUUCGGCGACAGCUCGGAGCAGCGUUCAGCGAUUUAAGUGAAAAAAUUGAAUGAGCUGUGGCGUUUCCAUAAAAUAACAAUUGUUCUGUCACCGUAUGCGGACUUUGUCGAGCUGCAUUUCAAACUGGGUGCGAUUCGUGCGCGUUUUUUACCGUUUGAGACGUUUGAAAAGUGCGAUGAUUAAAGACGAUUUUUUCCCGAAAUUUCGUUCGUUCCCGGAAUUUACUUUAAUUCGCCAUAAUUUACUCUCCCACAGUCGCGUUACAGGUUUCAAGAAACUUCCUCGAGAUCUCGAGUUUUGAGAAUACUUUCUUCCGACGCAUCGAAAGUUCUCGCGCAGCCAUUAUCGCGUCGUUCUUUACUCAAGACACAUCGUACAAGCCAAUGUGCCUGACGUAAUUUAACUUUUUUCCUCAACUCAAACGAACGUCAAAAGGAACUCGAAAGAAAGAGCUCGCCAUGAGGAGAUAUCGAGAAAGAGGUUUGUAGAAUAAAACGCCGGUGCAUAUCAAGGAGAAGACGAGAGAUCUCGAGGUAGAUUUUGCAUGGAUAAAAAAUCUACCGGGUGUCCCGAGCACUGCGGAAAGAAAAGUUGUUGUUCAUUCGCUAAAGUUGUGAUUGGAUUCAUGAAAAUUCAAAUUUUCGGAGCUCAGAAAGCUUAGGAAUGAAUUCAUUGAAUUUAUUCAGCUCACUCGUUGUUAAUUACAAACUAUGUAAAUAUAAAAAUAUACAAAUAAAUUCCUAUUCAAUAAUUAACUACGUUUAGC